UCCUGCCGUUCAUACCCAUAUCAUUACACCGGAACCGCUCCUCCUCCUGGGAAGGGGAAUCAUUAAUCAAUUCUUCAACGAGCCCUAGGUAAGGUAAAGCCAACUUCACUGUCGCUACCGGCGUCUCGGUGACAUCACUCCCCUCCCUCCCUCUCUCUCAAUCGGAAAGAAAAUGGCGACGAUCAGAUCGUUGUCUCGUGCCAUCCGAUUCAGAUCUCUCUGCUCCUCCGCCUCUGUGGCCGCUGCAAUCUGCCGCUCCGACCUCCACCUUGGGUUCCGCUACCUCCAUUUCUCUCCGUCGUCCCUUCUGUUUUCUCCCAAACGCCUCCCUUUCGGUUGCAGACCUCCUUUUGGUAUGGCAAUUGGAAGUACGCGCUUGUUUAGUGAAGACUUGACCCACUUUCCUGAUAUAAAGGACCCUGAAAUUCUGCUUGUCUUCAGGGAUUUAAUGGCAUACAAUUGGGAUGAGCUUCCUGAUUCACUUAUCCAUGAUGCAAAGAAAGCAUUAUCUAAAAGCACUGAUGACAAGGCUAGCCAGGAGGCAUUGGCAAAUGUUUUCCGUGCAGCUGAGGCAGUGGAGGAAUUUGGUGGGAUGCUUGUAUCAUUGAGGAUGGAAAUUGAUGACAGCAUUGGAUUGAGUGGCGAGAAUGUUAAGCCCAUGCCCGAGGAGUUCACAAAUGCAUUGCACACCGUUUACCAAAGGUACACUGCGUAUCUGGAUGCAUUUGGACCAGAUGAGACCUAUUUGCGCAAGAAAGUUGAGACUGAACUUGGAACAAAGAUGAUACACUUGAAGAUGAGGUGCAGUAGUCUGGGUUCUGAGUGGGGAAAGGUCACAGUCCUUGGGACAUCAGGACUUUCUGGUUCCUAUGUUGAGCAAAGAGCUUAGGUUUGGAGAGCUAAAAGUGCCAUUUCUUCCUGUUUUCUUGAAAACUUUUUUCAUAUUUGUUUCUCUUUCUGACAUUUAACUUCUAAUCCCAUUACUAUUUCUACAUAAUUUCAUGUGACCUGGGCGCAUUCUUCUUUAUGCUGGAAGUUUGAUGAAAACACCUAAGCUAAAGUUGCCCAUUGGGAAUCUUAUACAAGGAAACUAGUUUCCUUGGGGGUUUAUUAUGUUGUUUGCUCAUUACGUUCUCCUGUCCAUCAGUAGGCCACAAUGUAGUAUAUCAUUAAUAAAUGAAGAGCUCUUUCAUGUUA